UUUAAUAUCACACAAUUAAUAUGAAGCAUGCUGAGAUUGUGUUUACCGUGUUCAUGAGAAGUGGCUAAAUGAGCACCCGCCUAAUGUGGUAUUCACGACUUUAUAAGUAGACGUGAAGACCCGAGAGCCCCGACUUCACCACUUUGUGUACACGACUUCCAAUUCUGUUGACACGAGUUCACGAGUUUCAUUUAAACGCGGCAUUGAAAUUGUCGCUCCUCCAUCAGUUGAAUGUUCAGUAUUUCGAAUUCUACCUGAACGCACCGCCGUGUGUGUAGAGCCGUUGCCAUGGAAACGAGACCCAGUUCGUAUCCCUUGGAUAAAUAAAGCGACCGAGACUCAAAACGGCUGAUUAACGUCAACGUUAGUCCGUCGUGACACAAUGGGAACACCUGAAAACGCCGCAGAAACCGACUACAAAACUAUAAAAGCAACUGUCAUCCGUGGGAAUAACCUGCAAGGAAAAAAAGCAGACGGUUUCCAGAGUUUCGUGCAAGUUGAUUUCGAUGGAAAUGUGCUGGGAGAGUCAGACAAGACGCCCGUCCACCCUGUGGAGCAGUGUGUCCACUACGACUUCACCUGCAGCUUCCACUGCCCCAAUGACACUCAGGCUCUCAGUGACAUCGCCCAUAAACCUGUCAUAGUGACGCUGAGAGAGUUCCUGCCUGAAGAGAAGAAAGUUGAGGCGAGGACACCGGUGCUGGGCCAAGCUGUGGUCGACCUGCUGCCGCUGCUACAAGGUCAGUGCAGCUUCUCGUCCACAGUCCCUCUGAAUCCAGUAACCAGCUCCUCAGCCAAAGAGUCCCCCCAGGACGCCAGCAACAAGGAGCCGACCCUGGAAGUGUGUGUCAGUGUGUCGGAUCCACUGCUCUCUGAGGCUGAACUCUCGGCCUCCAGCCUGCUGAAGGUAACAGUGGAGACAGCGUACUCCGUCCCUGAGUCAUGGCUGCAGACGUCCUGCUCAUACACUGCUGCCCUGGAGCUCCCGCUUACUGCAGAGAAAGAUCAGGUGCUGGUGUUCAGUGACGGGCAGCUGAAGGCCGGAGGACAGAGAGAGAAAAAGGGCCGACAGAAGAAGAGGCCCCAUCACGCCCUGCUGGUCCCAGCAAACCGGUUCCUUCCGGAUGCCUUUUGCCAGGCAGAGCCCAUUCAACAGGAGGACGGCGAGCUGACUGCGUUGCAGGACCGGGAGUUUCGUAGCGAGGCAGAGAUCUUGAAGACCAGGGUGAGCUGGGACACAGAGAUGUGCUGCUUCCUGGAUGCAGGAGGAACAACCAGGCUGCGGCAGAAGAUCACUGAGAGCAGACUGUGGCCAGUGGAGAUAAUGAGAUCGUCAGCUCCGCUGUCAAAGGCCACAGAAAUGAAGACGCUCUCUGAGGAGAACCCAGAGAUCCCCUUCCAUGGCGUGGCGUUUGUGGACUUGGGUCUGCUGCUGUAUCCUGGAGUGAGCCGCAUCCGAGGAGCUUACAGUAUUCAGCCCUUCUCCGAGGCAGAGUUGCUGAACAAGGCCAAGCGGAGUGUCAGUGUGUUAAAGGAGCAAGCCAAGGCUGCAGCCCAACAGGCCAAAGCUCGUGCUGGCUCGGCCACAGGCUCCCACAAGGGGAAGGCCGGGAAGAAUGGAAAGGGAGUGAAGGAAUCCAAGGAGCCUGCCAAAAAGCAACCUGUCAAUCAGAGCAGGAUGUCUGCAGCCGACAGUGUGGUUGACCCCCUGGUUGAAACUGAGCCGCACGUCCGUACGGAGGGAAAUAUGUAUCUGGAGGCCAGGACUUAUAUCAUCAUUGAGAUAUCCGUGGAGAAACCGCUGGUGCCCAAAACAUCUCCGGAGGAGCUGGCCAGAAGGGUGAGAGCGUUGAUCCCUCCCAGACCUCCACUGCCAGCAGGUCCCAGCAGAGCAGAAAGAGCGGUGCUGGACUUCCAUAGGCAGGUAGGAAACGUGGUGGCUCAUGUUUCAGACCAGUAUGAGGAAUUGUUCGGAGCAAACUGCAAGUCAUCAGAAGACUGCAGCCGGGAGCAGAUGAAGCAUCAGCUGAUGGGAGCGCUUAAUGUCUCUGCGAGAUACUUCACUUUCAAGGAACAGAUGAAGCACUCAGUGGUGAGGAUUGUACGAGACAAGAUGCAGCGGACAGAGCCGUUCACUGACCCUCAGGAGUUAAAGGCUUUUGUCAGCAAGCUCUAUGUGUACUUGGUGGAUGAGAUGCACAUAGCUCUCAACAAGGAGAUUUAUUCAGAGGAUGUCGAUGAUGUCUCCGUGGACGAGAUCCAGUUGAGUUCUUCCCAGCUCAGACAUUUUGCCAGAGAGGCUCAGCUCACUGGGGAUUUUCAGCAGGCCGUUCAGUACUACCAGGAGCUGGUGGUGAGACAUCCCAGUGAGCCCUCACACAAGUUUGAGUGGGGAACCCUCUACAUGCUCACUGGAGACUACAUGAAGGCCAAAGAGUGUUUCCAUGGUGCUGUUUCCAUCCAGCAGUUACACCAACCCAGCCUGAUGAUGUGUGGGGUCUUGGCGACGAUGUUUGAACAUUACGAGGACGCCCGAACCUUCCUGGAGCGAGCCACCAGCAUAGACCCGCCCAGUGUGGUGGCCUGGACGCUGCUAGGUUUGCUCCAUGAGAGCCGGAGCGAAUCCAUCCUGGCUGAGAGAGCGUUUCUGGAGGCCAGAAGGCAGCUGAGGGCAAAAGAAGCAGCCAAGCAAACACAGGGGGAGGAGGUGAAGAUGGACAGGGAGAAACACAAGGAGGAGAAAAACGAGAAGCAGGAGGAACCACGAGAGGAGAAGGAGAUGACCACACCUGCAUGUCAGUCUCCCACUGCUAAUCAAGACCCAGAGUGUGGAGCCCAGGACCCGGAGACACAAGGGCAGCCUCCAGUACAGCGUGUCAGCUGCAGAUCAGCUCCAGCAAAACCCUCCUCCAUCACCACCGUUUUCACAGAGACGCUUCAGUUCCUGCUGCAGAACGCUGCCCUGCAGAUGGCGGAGCGUGCUCUGUCUCUGGAGCUGCUGUGGUCAGACGGUGGACGCAGUGUCUCCUAUCUUCAACAUCUGGCCCAGUUGCAGCUGCUCAGAGGCGACUACUGCAGCGCCGCCACCAGCCUCAGGGAGGUGCUGUUUCACAGAGACCAGGAUGCGGAUUCGUGGGCUCUGAAUGGUCACUGUCACUACCUGUGGGGGGCGCUCGAUGAUGCCCAGGAGAGCUACGAGCGGAGCCUGAACCUCCUGCAGCAGCCAUCAGACUCCCACCUCGUCCUCCUCCGCCUGGGAUCCAUCUACCUCCAGCAGGGGAAGUUUGAGAAAGCCAAAGUUGUCUACCUGCAGGCCUGUGAGCAGUCUCCGUCCUGCCUGACCUGGCUGGGCCUGGGCACCGCCUGCUACCGGCUGGAGGAGCUGUGUGUCGCUGAGGAGGCUUUGACUGAAGCUAAUCAUUUCAACAACCAGCAUGCAGAGGUGUGGGCUUACCUGUCUCUGAUCUGCCUCAGGUCCGGCAGACGAGAGGAAGCAGAGCAGUUUCAUAAAUAUGCUACACAGUUUAACCUGCAGAAGGAGUCGCUCCUCAGAGAGUUCACUGAGCUGAAGGAUCAGCUCCGCUUCAGCCAUCUGGAGUCCUGCUUCGGAACGAGCUCAUGAAUCACAUGACCAAGUACUUUUCAUACUCACACAUACAGCAGUGUUUAAGGAUUUUAAAAGACAUUUUUAUUGUAUUUUAUGCAUUUAACACACGUGAGAAUGAAACACAUCCGGCUCAGAUGAUGGGUCAGAUUUUACAAACAGAGGAGUUCAGGGACUGUCUGAGCCAUAAUGAACUUAAAUCCUGUUCAGCAUCGACAUUAUAAACAAACUCAAAGCAACACAAAACGUUUCAAAUAUAUAUAAAACAACUGCAAUAUAGUCUUCUUUUUAAAAAUGUACAGCAUUAACAAAUGAAAAUACAAAGGGCAUGUGGUGACUGGUAUCAACAGAAUAUUUUAAAUCAUUAUCUCAUUUCUAAUAACAUCUGAACAGCAACACUAGCCAGAUGAGACGCUGUUGUUCUAAAACACCUCACCAGAUUUUGGCACAAUUUUUCCUGCGUUGGAAGGAAAUGUUAUGUGAAAUGUGUGUUUGGCUACAAAUCCUGUCAAAUAGAUUUAUGAAGCAUGCCUUUUUACAAACUGAAAUAUAUAUUCUGAUUGGAAAUCCAUAUCAGAUGCCUUU